AUGGCAGGAGCUGGUAUUUCUACAAGUGCCGGCAUCCCUGACUUUCGCUCACCUGUGACAGGUUUAUAUGCCUCUCUGGAGAAGUAUGAUCUGCCGUAUCCAGAGGCAUUAUUCGACAUUAACUAUUUUCGGAAGAAUCCCAAGCCGUUCUAUACUUUGUUUGAAGAACUCUAUCCAGAUGGCAAAAAAUAUCGGCCAACUAUCACGCAUUGCUUCUUUAAGUUGCUGGAUAAAAAGGGCAAAUUACUGAGGGUCUUUACACAAAACAUCGAUACUCUAGAGCACUUAUCUGGCUUGGAUGAGGAACGGAUUGUUGAAGCGCAUGGUUCCUUUGCCAAAGCGCGAUGUAUGGAAUGCAAGACAAAAGUGUCCAAAAAUUGGCUUGAAGCUAAGGUGCGAUCAGGAGAAGUUGCACGGUGUGAAAUGCCUACCUGUCAAAAGAAAAGCUCUGUUCCUGCUAUCAAACCAGACAUUACAUUUUUUGGAGAGAACCUGCCUGAGCGGUUCUUUCGACGGAUUUCAGACUUCCAUCGAGCAGAUUUACUUCUGGUAAUGGGAACAUCGCUUGUGGUACAGCCAUUUGCAUCCUUAAUUGAUGAGGUGCCUGCCUAUUGUCCUCGAGCUCUCUUCAACCUGGAAAAGGUUGGUGAAGGUAUAGGGCCCGGUCUAUUCUCAAAAUGGAACAACCUGGGAGAGGAAGGAUUUGACUUCUCUACACCUGGUACUAGAGAUAUAUUUUGCCAAGGCAAAGUGGAUGAUACGAUUCGGGCAUUGGCUGAGCUUUGCGGCUGGAAGGUAAGUUGGACGCAUGCAAAGCUAAAUAUUCAGGACGAACUAGAGACCUUGUUUGAAGAAAUGAAUACUGGUAUGGACAAGCUACAUGCAGAAGAGAAGGAAGAUGAAGAUGAUACUACGCAUUCCAAAGAUGACACGGACGCGCUCGUGGAAAAACUAGCUGUGGCCAGUAUAAAUGAUGUGGAGUCAUCCAAGGAAAAAUUGUAG